CCGGAUGUAGGAUGUUUAAGGCUGGUCAAGCUGAACGGAGUCGUUUUCGUAGUGCAGCGGUGUCUCUCUGGGGUUUUUUGUUGUUGUUGUUGUAGAUUCCGAUGUUAAGAGGAGCUAGUUUGCAUUUCGAAAAAGCUCGAUAAAACAUAAAGCAGUGGUAAUAUUUUUUACACGCAACGUCGACAUCGAAAGACCAGGCACUGUUUAGAAUUGUGACAACAUGGAGUCUGCAAAUCAAGAUAUCAACCUCAACUCUCCCAAUAAAGGGCUUGUGUCGGACAGCUUGAUAGACGUGCCAGUACCAGGUGCCACAGGUACCACAGUGCCAGUAGGCUUGACCGAAGAAGAGUCAGAGGAAUUAAAGAAUGAGCUGACCAAGGUGGAGGAUGAGAUUGUCACCCUGCGUCAGGUGCUCGCUGCCAAAGAGAAAACUGCUUACGAACUCAAAAGAAAACUGGGACUCACUCCACUGAACGAAUUGAAACAAAACUUCACCAAAGGCUGGCAAGAUGUUCAGACGUCCUCGGCCUAUGUGAAAACCACCGAGAAACUCGGAGAGUGGAAUGAGAAAGUUACCGGUUCUGAUUUAUAUCUGUCAGCGAGUGCCACUUUGGAGGACUUAACCCAAUCAGAAGCAUACAAGAAGACUCAGGAAACACUGUCUCAGGCAGGCCAGAAGACCUCUGCUGCUCUCACCACUGUGGGUUCUGUUAUCACCAGGAAGUUUGGAGACAUGAGAGCUCUUCCGUUCUCACAGUCAUUUAGCAGUUACUCCAUUCGCCAGUCGAUAAGUAUGCCUGCAAUGAGGAACUCCCCAUCGUUCAAGUCAUUUGAAGACAAAGUUGGAACUAUCAAGUCCAAAGUUGUGGGUGGCAGAGAGAAUGGGGAUGGCCUGCAGUCUCCCACUGAAAUGAAUCCUGCUAAGGAUGGAGCUCCAUUCUAGACUGGAUGUCCAGCAGGACAUACUCGAUCACUGAAGCCCUUACACUUCACAACAGAGCAAGCCCCCACCCCCCAACACUGAAGCAUGUGCAUAUAUAUAUAAUAUAAAUUUUCAUUUGAUGAUGUAAUUAGCCAGAAAAAAAUAGGCUAAUAACCAUUUUGUAUUAGAAAUAAUUUUACACAGCUUUGUAUAAUGAUUUUACAUAACAUUUACCAUUAAGCUGCCAU